CGGUAACUGUAGUAAUACGCACUAUUGUUUUCAUUUCGCACCAGGAUAUGGCUUCGAGCAAGAUGAUGUCGUUCACGAAGGAAAUGCGUGUGGCCACACGUGACAUUCACAACGUCAGCGAUGCAUUGGUCAAUGCAAAGCUGGCCUUCGCUCUUUAUGAUAGCGCAGUUUGGGCGGAGGGACUGCUGAUCUUCUACGAAAUAUUCAAAUAUCUGGAACAGAACGUGUCCCACGACUUUCUUCCGGAGGAAUACCACCGGACGCAACAGUUUGAAGAGGACUUGCAGUUCUAUCUGGGAACGGAUUGGAAGGCCAAGCACCAACCCCGGAAGGAGGUCUGUGACUACAUAAAACACCUCGAGAAAAUCCAGCGUGAAAAUUCAAACUUGUUGGUUGCGUAUGUUUAUCACCUCUACAUGGGACUGCUGUCCGGAGGACAGAUUCUGCAGAAAAGGCGCAAUAUUUCCAAAAAGUUUAAUCCUUUUGCCAGUAAAGGCAAGGAAGGAGCUGCGUUGACUACAUUCGAAGAUCACAGCAUCUACGAGUUGAAGCAGAAGAUGAGGAAGACCAUCGAUGAUUUUGGGGUCCGCUUAGAUGACGACACUAAAAUGCAGCUGAUAGAGGAAAGCAGGAAGGUGUUUGAAAUGAACAAUGAGAUUAUUAAAACUGUGAAGGGCGUCAAUAGGGCAAAUCUUAAAACGUUAGGUUACAUAUUGCUCAUAAUUGUUGCUUAUUUGAUUUUGAAGUUUUUGAUGACCAAAUAGAGAGUAAAGCACGAUUUCAUAAGUAGGUAUUAAGAAUCU